CUCAUCGAUGAGGUGUUCCAUCGACGAGGUUCAGCUUAAGUCGCCAUAAAAAUAUUUGUGGCCUGGACAGCGUGUCGCCAAUUUGCUUUUUUCCCAUUUUGUUUCAACAGUGUGACUCAUUAUCACUAUCACUUCGUGUUUACAGAAGGCCGAGUCCAAUAUCUGCAUGCCCUAACGACUUUAAUGAAUCUGGAUCACGACCCUUGUCUGUUUUUGGUUUUUGGCUACUGUUGUUGUAUCUCGGUUAGGUGGUCGCUUGAAACUAGCUCUGCGUGGUUUCUCGACUGCCCGGACACUUCUCAUCUGGCGUGGAUGUUUGUAUUUCGAAUCGGUUGGAAUUUUGCUUUUUCUAAUUUUGGCCAGCAUGUCAAUUUGGUUUCUUUUUUGGACACUAUUACCAGCGUGUAUAUGAAGAGUUUCAUGUCUGCAUACUUAGUCCCCCCCACAAGGUGACUUGCGAUGCAUGUAUUAUCGACAUCGCGAGGAGCUGCAUCGUACAAGCUGUCUUGCAUGUAUUUUUAAUUUUU